AUGGCAAUUUGCAAGCAUCCUCGCGAUGACUGCAGCGCCACCCACAAGUCUCGGCGCAAGGCGGACACGGCUCACUGCAUUUGCGUGGGCAUCUAUUAUGCACACAGCGUACUUCGCAUGGUAACUGGCAUGGGCGACACGGGGAUCCAUCAUGACAGGGCUGCGUACAUGUAUGUGCACAUGUGGUUAAUGAUCUUCCGCAAGGCGUCUUGCAGACUCCAUGGUCAGGUGUUUCGGACGUCUGGCAGCUCCAGCAUUCGUUUCGGCAGUCAUGCCCGCAUGGAUGACGAGUACCACAAGGAUUGGUGCAUGUGA